AUGCCGCGGUGGUGCCAUGGAUUCCUUCUUCUUGGUGCUUGCAGCUUCCAAGCAGCUGUGGGCACCGAAAUUUGCCAAACCAUGGAGUCGACGACGCUAAUUCAGACACGAUCGGUAAACAGCCGGACGGUGUCCAAGAGCAUGGAUGUGGGCAAUCAGACAGUUGACAAGGUAUCGCGGGCAAAUGUUUCUGAAGAUUCUCCGCCGGCUUCUUUCCAAACAGCGGUGUCACAGACGAUCUUUGGCAACAGACAAACGGAACAUGCAGUGAUGAUUGCGGUGAUGCUUUUGGUUGGCAUUGCGGCCUUCGAACUUGUCCACCUGGAUUGCACCGGAGUGGAUUUGACAUCUCCGUUUCGCUUGUUUGAUGACGUUCAGAAGCAGCAGUCGCAAGCCAAAGAAGGACCUUUUCGAGGAGCUAUGCGCUUGUGGAAAUUGUAUCUAACCGAGCGGUGGAAGCUAAGUGCGGUUUGCAUCGGGCUGAUCAGUGCCAUGAUCCUGAUGUCCCAAUAUGCAAACCUGUUGCUGGUGGACUGGGCGGACAAGUUCUGGGGGAGAUUGUCUGACUGGAACUCGGCCAAGGAUGGUAUGAUGCACUGGUACCAGCUCCAAGCGCUUUGCGCACAAUUCUUGCUGUAUGCUCUCAUGGCACUGUUUGCGACGGCCUACCGGUACUACCUGACAUCCAUGUUCGUGUUAUUGGUGCGGGAGAACGUCACAGAGCGCUACACCUCCAAUUGGCUGUCCGACUUCAGCUCCUACAGGCUGGAACUGACGAAGGGGCAGGAUGGCGCAGAUGCAAGCAAUCCAGACCAGCGAAUCCAGGAGGAUGUGCAGGUCUUCAUCUCAAGUUCCGUCGACCUCUCAGUCGGAGCGGUCAACAGUCUGCUACAGUUCCUCAUGUUCUCGAUGAAGACGUACACACUGUCCCCUCAGAACGUGUUUGGUUACGAAGGCCUUCACUUCCCAGGCUGGUUGCUGUGGUUGGCCAUCUUGUACGCGGGUGUCUCCACCUAUGUGACCAUGAUGGUGUCCUGGAGAUUGGAGGGCCUGGAAGGCACCAACCAAUGGACCGAAGCUGACUUCCGCUUCGAACUGGUCACUGUGCGGCAAAGGGCAGAGACGAUUGCGCUGGCCCGAAGUGAGGCCGUCCAUCUUGGACGACUGAAGGAGCGCUUUGGCGUUUUACGCCGGAGUAUCUGGGAGUCCAUGCUGGCGCAGAAGAAAUACCUCAUGGUGUCCUCCUUUUUUGAGCAGGUGGAAGUGAUGGUUCCCAUCGUGCUGCUGGGGCCUUCGUUCCUGCUUGGCGAGAUCACGUUUGGGCAGCUGAUGGCCACCAAUCGCUGCAUCAACUUGCUCUCUGGCGCGCUUCUGUGGUUCGCCAGCUCCUAUCUGUCGGUGGCGCGCUGGCGGGCCAGUACGGGUCGACUCAUCCGCUUUGAGGAAGCCAUUUCCAAGCACAUGCAGAGCAAGUCGGGUGGAGUCACCUUCUGCGAGGGCCCCGGCCGCUCCAGUCUGGCUCUCAAGGCCUUGACGGUUUGGAAGCCCGAGGAGGCCGACGUCAAGACCCCCUCAAGUGGUGGCAGAGAGUCCAAGGAAUGCCUCUUUGAGAAGUUGAGCCUGGACUUCGAGGAGGGAUGGAGAGUUCUGGUCCACGGCCCUUCCGGCGUGGGUAAGAGCACCCUUCUGCGUGCCAUUUCUGGGGCCUGGCCCUUUGCAGAGGGCGAGGUUUGGAAACCCGAAACAUCCUCUCUGCUGGUCUUCCCAGCAGAGGUCUAUGUGCCUGCGGGACAGCUUCGCUCGGCAGUGUGCUACCCAUCGGCAGCUGGUGCUGAGGGUUUCGGAGAUGAGGAUGUUGAGCUGGCCUUGACCACGGUCGGCUUGGGGCAGUUGGUGGAAGAGCCAUCAUUAGAUGCCGUGGAGGAUUGGGACAUGGUCCUCAGUUCCGGGCAAAAGGCUAGGGUCUCCUUGGCCCGGCUCCUACUGAACAAGCCGAAGAUCGCCUGCCUUGACGAGCCAGUGGCGCACUUGCAGGAGUCUGCCAGGGCACCUUUGUUGGAACAGGUCUUCCAGAAGCUCGACCCAGAAAGCGUCGUUCUCGUUGUCACACACGACUUGUCGCCGGACAUUGUCAAGCUCUUUAACAGGGCUUUGCAUGUCGACCCGGCGAAGACGACGCUUUCGCAGAGCUUUGCAUGCUGA